CUUUUUCUUUUCUUUUUUUUUUUGUCGUUUUUCUUUAUAGACGCGUUUUUUCAUCUUUUUUUAUCCUUUCAAACAAAUAAUAUGUGUGGUAUCUUUGGUUAUCUUAAUUACUUGGUGGAACGAGAUAGACGUUUCAUUAUGGACACUUUGGUGAAUGGUUUAUCUCGUUUGGAAUAUAGAGGUUAUGAUUCUGCUGGUUUUGCUUGUGAUGGUGAUAGUGAAGAUUCUACUCUUAUCAUCAAGCAAGUGGGUAAGGUGGCUGCCCUCAAGAAAUUGGUUAAUGAACAAGAUAUUGAUUUCAACAAGACUUUUAUUAGUCACUGUGGUAUGGCUCAUACUCGUUGGGCUACUCAUGGUCAACCUUCUCAACUAAACUGUCAUCCUCAUCGUUCUGAUAACAACAAUGAAUUCACUAUUGUUCACAACGGUAUCAUCACCAACUACAAAGAAAUCAAGUUAUUAUUGGGCAAGAAGGGUUAUACUUUUGAAUCAGACACUGAUACCGAAUGUGUUGCCAAGCUCACUAAAUAUAUCUAUGAAGCUCAAAAGGAUUCGCCGGGUUUCAAUUUCACCACUUUGGUCAAGGCUGUUGCCAAGGAAUUGGAAGGUAGUUUCGCAUUCAUUUUCAAGAGUAUUCAUUUCCCCAAUGAAGUUGUCGCUACUCGUCGUGGUUCUCCUCUUUUGGUCGGUGUCAAGACUGCCAAGAAACUCAAGGUUGAUUUCGUAGAUGUGGAAUUCAGUAAUCCUUUGGAAGCUCCUACCUCCACCUCCAAGGAUUCCAACAACUUUUUAGGUGUUACCGAUGGACAACCUCAAUUAUUGCACCGUAGCCAAUCUCGUGCUUUCUUGUCUGAAGAUGGUCUUCCUCAACCUAUUGAAUAUUUCCUUGCCUCUGAUGCUGCUGCCAUUGUUGAACAUACCAAGCGUGUUCUUUACUUGGAAGAUGAUGAUAUUGCUCAUAUUGCUGAUGGUGAACUCCACAUCCAUCGUCUCCGUCGUGAUGAAAAUGGUGGUACUCCUUCUGCUGCUACUCGUUCUAUUCAAACCUUGGAAAUCGAAUUGGCUGAAAUCAUGAAGGGUUCCUUUGAUCACUUUAUGCAAAAAGAAAUCUAUGAACAACCUGAAUCUGUCGUCAACACUAUGCGUGGUCGUGUCAACUUUGAAAACCACAAGGUGACUUUGGGUGGUCUUCGUGGUUAUCUCAAUAUCAUUCGUCGUGCCCGUCGUAUUGUCUUUAUUGCUUGUGGUACAUCUUACCACAGUUGUUUGGCUACUCGUGGUAUUUUUGAAGAAUUGACUGAAAUUCCUACUCAAAUUGAUCUUGCUUCUGAUUUCUUGGAUCGUCGUACCCCUAUUUUCCGUGAUGAUGUGUGCGUGUUUGUAUCUCAAUCUGGUGAAACUGCUGAUACCAUCCUUGCCAUGCGUUACUGUCUUGAACGAGGUGCUCUCAGUGUAGGUAUUACCAACACUGUCGGUUCUUCCAUCUCUCGUGAAUCUCACUGUGGUGUCCAUAUUAAUGCUGGUCCUGAAAUCGGUGUGGCUAGUACCAAGGCUUAUACUUCUCAAUAUAUUGCUCUUGUCAUGAUGGCCAUUCAAUUAUCUGAAGAUCGUGUGUCCACUAUUGAACGUCGUAAGGAAAUCAUUGAUGGUCUUUACCGUUUACCUGGUCAUAUCAAGGAAGUACUUGCUGAAGCUGCCAACUUGCAACAAUUGUCCUCUGAAACUUUGGCCAAGGAAAAGAGUUUGUUGAUUAUGGGUCGUGGUUAUCAAAAUGCUACUUGUUUGGAAGGUGCUUUGAAAAUCAAGGAAAUCUCUUAUAUGCACAGUGAAGGUAUUUUGGCUGGUGAACUUAAGCAUGGUCCUUUGGCUUUGGUGGAUGAAAAUAUGCCUGUGAUUUUGAUCAUGACCAAGGAUUCUCUUUAUCCUAAAGUACAAAGUGCUUUGCAACAAGUGACAGCUCGUAAGGGACAACCCAUCAUUAUCUGUAACAAUGGUGAUACUGAUCUUAUCAGUGGAUACAAGACUAUUCCCGUCCCUCAAACUACUGAUUGUUUACAAGGCUUGGUGAAUAUCAUUCCUCUUCAAUUGUUGUCUUACUAUCUUGCUCUUCUCAAGGGUCAAGAUGUGGAUUUCCCCAGAAAUUUGGCCAAGAGGUAAACAAAAAAAUAAUAAUAAUAGGAUUAUGAUGGAAAAAGUGAAAAAAAAGGUGAAAGUAUAAUAUAACUAAUCAUUUAUUGUAUUCACUUAUAGUGUUACUGUCGAAUAGAAGAAGAAUAUCAUCGUAGUUUAGCUAGUUGACAUAUUUACACACAAACAAAUUCCACUUUUUUUUUAAACACCUUUUAUCAGCAUCUUCC